AUAUUGAGAAAAGAAAAUAACGAACCCUAAAACUAUUUAAUUAAACACGGAGCCUCUUCUUCAUCUUCAUCUUCAUCUAUCGCCGUUCGUCGUCACCGCUUUGUUCUUUAGGUUUAGAGAGCAAUGACUAAACCUCGUCGUGCUACUGAUAUGGCAAAGAAGAAGGAUAAAGUUGAUUCUGAAUCGGAUGUGAUGAGCUCUAUGGCACAUCAGCAUGCUGAGUUUUUCGAUAAGUUGAUAGAGCUCAUCCCUGCGAGAUUCUAUUUACCUGAUGAGACGGAGAGGAAGUGGUUUCCUGGUCUUAGCAAGGCUCAGAAAGCUAGAGCCAAGAGGAAAACUACGGAGAAUCUGAAGAAAGCGAGGAGGGAUCGGUUGGACCCUGAGAAGUCUUCUUUGACGACUCUUGAUUUGCUCAAGCAGAAGAUCGAGAAGGAGAAGAAGUUGAGUAAUCAUGAGAUUCCUGAUGAUGAUGAUGACAGUGAGGAGGAGGAGGAGGAGGAAACUGAUCACAACAAGAAGCAAGACUGAUUCGUUACUUACGAGGAGCUGAGGCAACGUCUCCACCGCAAAAUCGAUGAGCUUAAAGGUGGUCGUGGAGGUUCAGAUAGACCAAGAAGCCACGAGAAGAGGAAGAAGGUUGUGCCUAACAAGAGAAAGAGGGAGUCAGGUUCUGAGGAUAAGACUGUGGAGGAGAGUAAUAAGGCCUUAGAUAAAGGUAAGGGUAAGCUGGAUGUGGAAGAGGCUGCUAAGGAUCUCACGUUCAGUUAUUUCAAGAUCGACGACGACGAGGAUCACGGGAAAGAUAAAAAGAAACGGAGGGUUUCCAAGUCGAGAGAGCUUGAGAGGGCUUUGAAGCUAGAGGCUGCAAAGAAGGAUCCAGAGAAAGGUGAAGUGAUUGCGAAGAAGCACUCGUGGCAGGCAGCUACAAGCAGAGCAGCUGGUAUCAAAGUUCACGACGACCCCAAGCUGCUGAAGCAGAGCAUCCACAAAGAGAAGAAGAGGCAGGAGAAGAACGCAGAGAAGUGGAAGGAGAGAGUUGAAGGGCAGCAAAAGGUUAGAGUGGAGAAGCAGCAGAAGAGGUCAGGGAACAUUGCUGAUAGGAUUGAACAGAACAAGCAGCGGAAGAUCGCCAAGAGGGAGAAGAAGCUCCUUCGUCCUGGCUUUGAAGGCCGCAAAGAAGGGUUUGUGAAUGAAGGUGGAAACUAAAAGUCAAAAUCUUCUAUAUGCCUUUUUGUGUUCUGAGAUGUGAUCAUCUCAAAGGCUGUGAAGAGGGUUUUUGCACAUCUGAAUUAGAGAAAACAUAUCUUACUAUUUUGGGAAUUUUCAUCAAGUCAUGUACCCUAGCAAUAUCUGUUGUCUUUUUAGUUCGUUUGGUUUUGCAGAUUGUUGACAAGUGUAGACUUGUCAGAUGGUUUGAUGUGCUACACAAUGUGUUCCUAGUUUAAUUGUCUUAUUAGGAUGAAAUAGAAUUUACUAUUUCUAAACAAA